AGUUUAGUGGCAUUAUCGUAAAAUCACAUCCAUAAAAAAGUUGACCUACAAGAUCAAAAUCAAGGAAAGUCGCUACUCAACCGACUCUUUUCUUACCAAAACAAAACCCGACCCGGUUGUCGUCUCCUCCCCAAUCUCCACGCACAACACACAGCACCAAACGACCUAAUCUUGGUCGUUUUGGAGAGAUCCGUUUGAAAUUGUGUGUUUUCGAAGCUGAUCUCAUCCAGUUUUUGACCAAUUGAUCUGAUUUCAUCAGUCGCGGUGAGAAGAUGAAUAUAUUCAGAUUAGCAGGUGACAUGACGCAUUUGGCGAGUGUUCUAGUCUUGCUCCUCAAAAUUCACACCAUCAAAUCAUGCGCUGGAGUAUCAUUGAAAACGCAGGAGCUCUAUGCACUGGUGUUUGCUACUCGCUACUUAGAUAUAUUUACUGGUUUUGUCUCAGUAUACAACACUACCAUGAAAUUGAUCUUCUUAGGCAGCUCUUUCUCUAUUGUGUGGUACAUAAGACGUCACAGGAUUGUUCGUAGAUCCUACGAUAAAGAUCAAGACACCUUUCGCCAUUAUUUCCUGAUGCUGCCUUGUUUGCUUUUGGCCUUGUUUAUUCACGAGAAGUUUACGUUCAAAGAGAUAAUGUGGACGUUUUCGAUAUAUCUGGAAGCAGUCGCGAUACUUCCACAGCUGGUCUUGCUGCAAAGAACGAGAAAUAUUGAUAACUUGACUGGCCAAUACGUUUUUCUUCUUGGAGCAUACCGAGCUUUAUACAUUUUGAACUGGAUCUACCGUUACAUGACUGAGCCACACUAUGUGCAUUGGAUCACUUGGAUAGCAGGGACAGUUCAAACAUUGCUAUAUGCUGAUUUCUUCUAUUACUACUUUGAAAGCUGGAAGAACAAUGCAAGGCUCCAAUUACCUGCGUAAACUUGUGUUAUUUUGUCUAUGAUAAUGCCGGGUGAGAGAAUUGUAAGAAUGAGACAUGAUUCUAAUAGGGUUGUAUGAAGAUUUCGGUUCUUUUAGUAUUGUUUUAAAUGCCCAUUUGGCUCUUAUAUACUCAAAAACGGGAUUGUAAAACCAAAACACGACUCUAUGGAUGAUGAUUAUACAAUUUAUAGUUUUUGUCGGACCGAGAA